UGUAGCAUCGGGCUUUCACACCUGAAGAAGAUGAGAAAAUCAUUCGGGCUCACGCGAAAUUUGGCAACAAGUGGGCUACCAUAUCACGAUUAUUGUCGGGCCGGACGGAUAAUGCCAUCAAGAAUCAUUGGAACUCGACUCUGAAGCGUAAGUGCUUUUCGAUGUGCGAAGAGUUCAAUAAUUUUGAGCCUGAAACUCAACAGCCAUUGAAAAGAUCUUCAAGCGUCGGGCCGGGUACAGUGAUUUCUAACUCGGGUCUUAACUUCGAUCCUAGCAGUCCAUCCGGAUCCGAUUUGAGCGAAUCAAGCCUCUCGGGUCAUCAAAUUUACCGACCCAUUGCAAGAACCGGAGGGAUCUCUCCUCCUCAUCCUACGCCUUCUCAACCAGACCUCCUCACAUCACUUAGCCUUUCCUUACCUGGGUCGGGUUCCAAUUCAAAACCCGUUUUAGAGUCCUUUCCCCCACAAAUGAAACCUGUAUCAGACCCGACCCCUAAACCUUCACGGGAGCCGGAUCGUAAAUCAGGGUCCACUAUGCACCAUACACAGAUAAUCCAGUCUCCGGCACCACCUGUCCAAGCUUCUCAGAUGACUUUGGCACCGCCGCCGCCACUGUCUCAGCAGUUUACUGCGGCAGCUAAACCUGCAGUUGGGGAGGUGGCUAUGCCAUCCCAGGUUGAUGCGGACAAACAGUUUUUUAGCCCUGAGUUCUUAGCAACUCUGCAGGAGAUGAUAAGGAAAGAGGUGCGGAAUUACAUGGCGGGGAUCGAGCCCAACAGGUUUUUGAUGCAGACAGAUGCGAUAAGGAAUGCAGUGGUGAAGCGAAUUGGGAUAAGCAAGAUUGACUAGUGAGUGAUCGAAUGAAUUCAAAAUCAAGACUCGUGGAAGAAUAGUUUUUGGAACGGGUGAAUUGGGAUGGGGUUUAAUGGAUGCAGAAUGAUUAAUUUCGUUUUGUAGAUUUCUUAGCUUCGUUCUACAAAAAUAAUUCUGAGGUAUUGUAUAGAUGAAUCAAUGAAGGAGUAAGGGUUAAUGCUGAAUCGAGUUAGGUUUGAGCAAAGCGAAAAUUUGAUGCUGGACGGAGAAUGACUCACUCAAAAAGUUAAAAAAAAUAAUAAAAAAAAGGGUGUUAUUUUCUUC